AUGGACGCGACGUGCGCGCCGCCGCCGGCGAGACCGAAUUGCGAUUGCGCGGUGUGCGUGCCGAAGGCGCUGAAAGAUGGGGAUUACGACGCCUCGCUCAAGGGGCCGACGAGCCCGUUUCAGCCGUACAAGCUGGUGAAGGUGGAGUUGGACGGCACGCGAAGACCGCUGACGGCGCAGGAGCUGAACGCGCUCGAAAAGUCGAAUCCGACGGUUUGUGAGUGGCAAACGCCGCUCAGUCAGGCGAAGCGGAUGUGGCAGAAGACGUGCGCGGGGAUUUUGAAAAAGUUGUUUACGUACAAAAAGUUGGCGUGGCCGUUUACGGAGCCGGUGGAUUGGGAGGUUUUGAACAUCCCGGAUUACCCGGUCAUCAUCAAGCAUCCCAUGGACUUGAAAACGAUCGAGUCGAAGUUGCACGACGGGCACAUCGAAAGCCCUGAUGAGUUUGUCGCCCUCGUGCGCACGGUUUUCCGUAACGCGUACGUGUACAACGCGGUGGGCGAUCCCAGCGGCGUUCGCGAGUGCGCGGAGAAGCUCUCGCAAAUUUUCGAGAAGGAACUCGCCAAAUUGUAA